CGUGUGGCCCUUGCGGGCGAGCCUGGCGGGGUUGCGUUCCUGUCCGCUAGGUCCGGCAAGCGGGGGUCGUCGUCCUCCCUUUGCCGACGGGGGUGUGCGCCGUGGUCACGACGGAAGCGGGGUCCUGGGGGUGAUGCGUGGGCCUUCGGGUUGAUGGGAUCAGAAGGGGACGGGACCUGUAGAAAGGGGUCUGCAGCUCAGAGCAUGGGGUGGCCUUGGCUCACUGCGCCUGCAGCUGUGAAUUCGUUCUCCGGUGCUGUAGAGGGAUCUGGUUAUCUCCAUUCUCUUGUCUCCCCUUGGAAAGGAAGGACGUGCGCUCUCAUCCUACGUGUUUUGAGAAAUCGCAUUGUCCCAAGCUCUACGGGAGGAUUUGGGGACGCAGUGGGGAACCAGACAGGCAGUUGGAGGUCUAGUGCGCACCAGAAGCCAGUUCCCACCCAGGGUGCCAUUUGCUGGGCGCCCUAGGGAGCUGCGUGGGCAUCCAGAGGAGUGAGUCGCCCCCUGCUCUGCUCAGUGCCCACUUCACCGGGCAGGGCAGGCGUUAUUAACGUAGAGGGAGAACACCCAUGCACACAACACAUGCACGAUGAAGUCUGGUUUUUCCUCCUCACCACUUAGCUUAUAGGACCUAAUCCCCUUUUGGACCUUUCUCAGCCGCAGUUUACCCCUGUAUUGUCACCCUUCCCCCAACCCACACCCAGCGGGAUGGGAUAAGGUCUGUUUGAGAAGACAGCUUGGGCAAAUGGCUGAAGGCUGGACUGACAGGACCAGGGAGUGUCCUUAGACUGCCAUUGCCAGGCCCCCAGCGGGCGGGCUGGUCCCAUGUCCCACUGAGGCAGAAAGCAGUUACUAGGGGGAGAGAGGCAUUUACACAAGAUACCCAGCUUGCGAGGGCAGCCCAGUGUGUGAUUCACAGAACUGGCUAACUCCACUCUUUCUACUAUGUCCUUUCUCUUGAAGCCACAGGAGUAAGUGACCUUUGAGGGGCACUCCAGAGAGAAAGGAUGUAAGGGUUGAGGACCUGGUGACUGUCUUCAGGCAGCAGUCAGAGAGUUGAUGGUGAAGGAGGAGGAGGCUCAGACAAGGACUGGACACGGGAAGGUGGAGGAGGAGAGUGGAUGCCUGACUCCCCAAGCACCCGCAGAACAGCGCCCUGUGCUCAUGAGGGUUAAAUGGGGGCUCAGGUCUGCUGUGGCGUGGUGCCAGAUAGGUGGUGUCAUUGUUGAGUUGGACGUGGGCCAUAACUGACCCCACGAACGGGUUGUCUGUUGGGGUGUUUGUUGCCAUCCAAAUUCUGUUGGGUUUAAUACGUGGUUUUUUAUUGUCAGGUUUCAGGCUUGCAUCCGGCUCCAGGAAUGAGCUGUAGCCUGUGGUCUAACCCAUUCCUCUUUUAAUGAUUGGGAUGGAAAGGCUUCUAGAAGGGUUAUCUGUUCCCACCGUCCUGGUUGGGCACAGUGAUGAGAGCCUGUCCCCUGUCUCAUGCUGCUUCAGCUCUCAUGGGAGGUUGAAUGGAGCAGCUGAACUUGGCUGACAGUGGCCUGGUGGGGAAGGAAGCCAGAAGAUGCAGAAGGGCCUCCCCUCCCAUGGGCAUGCCUUCUGCCUGGUGGCUGCAGAAUGAGGCCGGCUGCCUCUUCGCAGCAAGGCAGGUCAAUGGCCAGCAAGGAGGGGGGUCCGAGCCGGCGGCGGCGGCGGCAGUGGUGGCAGCGGGAGACAAAUGGAAACCUCCACAGGGCACAGACUCCAUCAAGAUGGAGAACGGGCAGAGCACAGCCGCCAAGCUGGGGCUGCCUCCCCUGACGCCCGAGCAGCAGGAGGCCCUUCAGAAGGCCAAGAAGUACGCCAUGGAGCAGAGCAUCAAGAGCGUGCUGGUGAAGCAGACCAUCGCACACCAGCAGCAGCAGCUCACCAACCUGCAGAUGGCAGCAGUGACAAUGGGCUUUGGAGAUCCUCUCUCACCUUUGCAAUCGAUGGCGGCUCAGCGGCAGCGGGCGCUGGCCAUCAUGUGCCGUGUCUACGUGGGUUCUAUUUACUAUGAGCUGGGGGAGGACACCAUCCGCCAGGCCUUUGCCCCCUUUGGCCCCAUCAAGAGCAUCGACAUGUCCUGGGACUCCGUCACCAUGAAGCACAAGGGCUUUGCCUUCGUGGAGUAUGAGGUCCCCGAAGCUGCACAGCUGGCCUUGGAGCAGAUGAACUCGGUGAUGCUGGGGGGCAGGAACAUCAAGGUGGGCAGACCCAGCAACAUAGGGCAGGCCCAGCCCAUCAUAGACCAGUUGGCUGAGGAGGCACGGGCCUUCAACCGCAUCUACGUGGCCUCUGUGCACCAGGACCUCUCAGACGAUGACAUCAAGAGCGUGUUUGAGGCCUUUGGCAAGAUCAAGUCCUGCACACUGGCCCGGGACCCCACAACUGGCAAGCACAAGGGCUACGGCUUCAUUGAGUACGAGAAGGCCCAGUCGUCCCAAGAUGCUGUGUCUUCCAUGAACCUCUUUGACCUGGGUGGCCAGUACUUGCGGGUGGGCAAGGCUGUCACACCGCCCAUGCCCCUACUCACACCAGCCACGCCUGGAGGCCUCCCACCUGCCGCUGCUGUGGCAGCUGCUGCAGCCACUGCCAAGAUCACAGCUCAGGAAGCAGUGGCCGGAGCAGCGGUGCUGGGUACCCUGGGCACACCUGGACUGGUGUCCCCAGCACUGACCCUGGCCCAGCCCCUGGGCACUUUGCCCCAGGCUGUCAUGGCUGCCCAGGCACCUGGAGUCAUCACAGGUGUGACCCCAGCCCGUCCUCCUAUCCCGGUCACCAUCCCCUCGGUGGGAGUGGUGAACCCCAUCCUGGCCAGCCCUCCAACGCUGGGUCUCCUGGAGCCCAAAAAGGAGAAGGAAGAAGAGGAGCUGUUUCCCGAGUCAGAGCGGCCAGAGAUGCUGAGCGAGCAGGAGCACAUGAGCAUCUCUGGCAGUAGCGCCCGCCACAUGGUGAUGCAGAAGCUGCUCCGCAAGCAGGAGUCUACAGUGAUGGUUCUGCGCAACAUGGUGGACCCCAAGGACAUCGAUGAUGACCUGGAAGGGGAGGUGACAGAGGAGUGUGGCAAGUUCGGGGCCGUGAACCGCGUCAUCAUCUACCAAGAGAAACAAGGCGAGGAGGAGGAUGCGGAAAUCAUUGUCAAGAUCUUUGUGGAGUUUUCCAUAGCCUCCGAGACUCAUAAGGCCAUCCAGGCCCUCAAUGGCCGCUGGUUUGCUGGCCGCAAGGUGGUGGCUGAAGUGUACGACCAGGAGCGUUUUGAUAACAGUGACCUCUCUGCGUGACAGUGGUCCCUCUCCCCGGACUUGCACUUGUUCCUUGUUUCCUCUGGGUUUUAUAGUGAUACAGUGGUGUCCCGGGGGCCAGGCGCGCUCUGCCAAGCCCAGCCUAUAGUGCGGAUAAAGGUGCGGAUGCUGCUGGCCCUGAA